GUAUAAAUAAUUUGAAAUGAAUCUGAUUGUUCAAAAGUUGGAGAACUCCAAUUCCAAUCCACAAAUAUCAGAUAUCGAAGGGCUCUGAUUUGUAAUCUGCAAGUGUACUUUCGUAAAAUAAUUGCACAGAUCGAAAUCGGCAGGCCGAAGUUUUGCAUCUGAAGUCAUUAAAUAAAGAAUUUUGUGAAGAGUCCAGGAGAAUAUUCCAAUUUCGAAUUGGCGAGAACGCAGAGUGGUUCCCUGUCUCUCGUGUGAAUUGUUUGUUUUGUAAUGGAACAAACGGAACGGGGCAUGUUGAGCGAGGAGCGCAAAGGCAAGAGCCCUUUAGCGUGUAGUUCCUGGAGGUAUGGAACUCCGAUGAAGCGAAACAACGCUCACUUGAAGCGUCUAACGUGUCAUCAGAAUAACGCGCAACGGCUACCAUUCGCUGUUCUGCCGAAUCAUAUUACACCUCCGUCCAAGUUGAGGAAGUUCAUUACUAAGAACCCGUUCGAGCCUGACCUGAUUAAUCGACUGCACCUGUCCGCAAUCAGCCCGAACCUAUUCGCUAAGGUCUCCAGCCCUAUGCAACAGUCACCAGAGUUUACGUGGAGCAUAGACGAAUUGGCUCGCAUAAAACCAGUAAAAAUCGAAGAAUCUCCCUUGCAACAAAUGUAUUCUCCCGAGCCAGAAUUGGAGAUAAGAGCCCAGGCAGCUAUAGAUCGGUUUUUUAAACAGAAUCAGAUAAUUCCUAGCCCUUGGAACAUCAAGCAGAAAGGCAACAAACCAUUUUCCUUUGACACUCCUAAUAGGUCCUCGAAACAUUUCAACUCUAUCCAGGAAGUUUCAAAAUCUACGAAAGAUGCAUGGAGUCAAACAAUAUUGUCUCUACCUCCGGAACUGUCUCAAGAUGUGGAAGAAAGUUUGAAGCCUUUCUUCACUUUUACUCAGGAACAGAAUGUAGACUAUGACGAUGCAAAUUUGAGUAACAAUUCACUGAGAAGAAAAUUAUUUGCCUGUCACGACGAGAGUACUGACAAUGAUAACGACAGUUUCACGUCAUUAUCACCGGUAAAAACAAGUGAAUCCAUGGUGUUAGUAUACAGCCCUCCUCAAAGUGGUAUGUUUGUUCACGGUACUCCAUUAAAGAUGCUGCUACAAACUAGGCGGCAAAGUAAUAGUUCCUCCGUAAUAAUAUCUGAAAAUGUAUCGCCUAAUAUCUCACCAAUACAUAAUGCUGAAAACAAUAAGUUGUAUAAAAGAAUUGAACAUUGCUCUAGUUUGGCCACUCGACUAAAUUUCGCGACAGAUAUGGAAACAAAUGAUGCAGCCGAGGGAAAAAGUUCAAGUUCGAUUAAUGGUCAUCAUUUGUUAGAUAUGUCUGAUAGCGAAAAUGACGUUAAAUGUAUCGAAGACAAUGGUAAAUGGAUAAUUAUAAAUAACGAUAGAACAAAUGCAAGUGAUUCUGUUAACAUGGAGGAAACAAAGAGUAUAAAUUCACCUGAUAAUACUGUGCACUCUAACGGUAUCGUACUUAAUGAUAAAGAAUAUAAUGAGACUAGUUUAAAAAUUGCACCGGAAGUUACAAGUUUCUCGCGCAAAGGUCAUAAACAGAGUAAUAUAAUGUCUGGCGCUUUCGAGCAGCAAAGUAUCUCAAACUCUAUUCAAGACACUGGUUACCAAACUUAUAGCAUGAAUAGCAUGAUGCACACAAUAGAUAGUAGUACUUCGAUGAACCAAAAAACUCUUUGGAAUGAAAGAAUAAUGACGUCCAGGGAUAUUGCUCAGUUAUCUUGGAAAGAAAAUAUGACGAAUGUAUUUAGUUCUACACCUUCCAAAUAUAAUAAAGAAAGAGAAAGUGGAACUUAA